UGCUGUUUUAGAGAUGCACACCAGAUACUUUUGUUUGUUUUUCUUUCUCUGAUCGGGACUAUAGGAGAGCAAAGGGAAGACGCUGCACAACUGCCAGGAGUGCGUGGAUAAACUCUCUCAGGAACUUUCUCCAAAAAAAAGAUAUAAACCUGCCAGUUUUCAGAGGUGGCGCACCAUGCAGGAGGACGAGCGGUCCGGGGACGACAGCCAGCGGGACAGUGUGUCGGAUGAUUCCUCCGACUCCCUCGAGCCGGGGCCGGUCAGCUGCUUGGAGCCCUACCUGGUGCGGAGGCUGUCGAGCCGGACGAUCCAGUUGCCCCCGCUGGCCUUUCGACAGGCCGAGCAGUACUACUGCGACCGCAAGCCGGAAUCGGACCCAGCCACGGGUCCGGCCCGGCCCACAACACUGUCGCUACGCACCCCGCCGCUCAUCGCCAUCACCUCCGCCGACACCAGCAGGUAAGUAACAACACUGCUGAGAUUUUAUCUGAACAUGAGGGGGCUUGAAAGGUAACGUAAUCCUUUGCAGUUUUUCUCUUUUGUGGGCAUGAACAGUACAUCUUUUUGAUGGACAAAACAUUUAAAACUCAAAGCCGGUUAUAUUAAUACACCAUCUCUUGCAUCACUUGACUCUUUCAUUUUGUGCAAGCAGACCUUGUGUCGACACGACGGCGCUAAAUAAUUCUAAAAACACACGGUGAAUUAUCGUUGAGGGCGCAGCACCACCGGCCACGUGAUAAUAUCUUUUUAAUCGCCGAAGGUUAGGCUGCCUGUCCGUGUAAUUGGCCUGGCAUGAGCGGUGUGUGUCUGCGCUGCUUCCAACUAAUGGCGGUGUUGUGUUUUGUUGCUAAUCUGUUUAUCAAAUCAGAUGCCGAGGUUAGGGGGGUCUGUCUCAUUAACUUGCAGGAUAUUGAUUUCCUGUGUUUCGCGCAAAGUGCUCUGCAGCAGCCGGCUUCUGCAUUCCCAGAUGGGAGGAAUGCAGCCUGCUUUCCACGUAGCUCAU